UAACUGGUCAUCAAUGGUCAUUUUAGAUAUUUACCAACAAGCCAAAAAAAAUUAGUUUUGUUUUUGUUUGAGUGAUUUUCUCCACAAGAGAUCUUAAAAUGAAAUAUAUAUUAAUUGCAAUAGUUUCUACAUUAUUUGUAGCAUCAAGUGAUGCUAUAAGGUGUUACCAGUGUGCCUCAAGUGAAGAUGGCAAAGGCGAAGACAAUUGUGGAGCCUACGUCAAGUUUGAUGUGGAUAGGAACAUUGCUGUUGAUUGUAACAGCGAGGAAAGUAAAAUGCCAGGCACAUUUUGCAUGAAAGUCACACAACAAGGUCCAAUUGGGUUCAUAUGGGAUGGUAGAUGGAGACAAGUGAUUCGGAGAUGUGCUUCAGUUGCUGACACUGGUGUAACAGGUGUAUGCAAUUGGGGUGUUUACGAGAAUGGAGUUUACUGGGAGGAAUGUUAUUGUUCCAACGAUGAGUGCAAUUCAGCAGAAUCAAAGACUGUUUCCAUGACAUUGCUGGCAUCUGUUUUAAUCCUAAGUUCUGUAGUUAUGAGGAUUAUUUUAUAGAAUCAACAAAAGACUACUUUUAUAGAAAUUAUUUUUCAUGAACUCCAUUGAUUGUGAUAAAUAUUCCGUCCAAAAUAUUUUAAUUAUACAAAUUAUAACGUUUUUGUAGAUCUGCAUGUAUAAAAAGUAUUUUAAAUGUUUAAUAUAACUAAUUUUUAUAUAUUUUUUUGUAUUGUUUUGCUUACAUCAGGGAUGAGCAACCUUUAUACAACAAAUUUAAAAGUUUCCUGAAACUGUUUCAUAAUAUGAACACUAAAGAUGAUAAACAUUAAUUAUUGUAAUUUAAUGGCCUUUUUUUGGUAUUUAACAAGUCAAAAAGUAAAGAUUUGACGGGCUGCACGAAAAACGUAUGCAGGCCGCAGCUUUCUCAUCCCUGGUCUACAUUGAUUAGGAACUGUACAAUUAAAACAGAAAUCACAUGUAAUAAAUAUAUUUUUUUUGCCACAUUUUAAAA